GGGACAACACGGGACAACACGGGACACCGCGACCGGGGGCCGAAUCCCGCAGCAUGUUCCUGUGGCUCCUCCUGGUCCUGAGCGUCUGCGCUCAGCCCGGAACAGGUCUCCCACCGCGCCGCAUGGACUCCGUGGUUCAGAUCCUGGAAGCCCUCGAGUCCUCCGACCACGGCUUCGCCGGCACCGUGCCAGAGCUGGCGCGGGCGCUGGGCGGCUGCAGCACCCCGGGGUGCCGCGCGGUGCUGGGAGAGCCACCUGAUGUCCCGGCAGCCCCCGCAGCGCUCAGCCACGAGCAGUGGCUGCUCUUCACCCAACUCCUCCACCGCGACGCCGCGGCACCCGAGCGCGGCGCGGUGCUGGCACCCGACGGCUCCACCGUCGCCCUUGGCCCCCUCUUUGCCGGCAUCGAGGUUGGCCUCAAGCGGGCGGCGGGGUGGCCCGUCCCCACCUUCGAGCCUCCCAUCGACGCGCUCUACGCCGUCACCGUCGCUGAGGCCUUGGGGACAUCCUUCCUCUUGGCUCGUGGCGGUGAUGGCAACCGAGCCACGCUGGGGCCCGGUGGCUGUUGGGACGACGUGGAUGACCCCCAAAACUACACCCUGCUGGGACCCCCGUCACCCAUCUCUGAUGCCAUCGCCAACGGGGCGAUGGAUGGGGUGCUGUUGGGUGCACAACUGGCCCGAGCACCCGUCCCACUCGCCGAUCUUCUCCGGGGCUACUACGGGACAGGCAACGGCACGGAGACGGGGCGACCUCCCAGCAGUUAUCGGCGUCGAGAUUUUGGGGUGCUGACAGGGCCGGGGAAGCUGGAGGAGGAGGUAGCGGCGAUGUUGAGGCUGCUGCGGGUGCUGCCACCCACCCAGGAGCUCUUGGAGGACGUGGGGCCGGAGGAGGUGGUGGCCAUCGCUCGCCAAGCGGCGCGGGACUUCACGGAGGUCUACGUGGAGUGCCCGGCCAUCGUGCCCCGGUGCAUGUGGGGUGCCCGUCCCUACCGGGGCACCCCCAAACCGUUGACCCUCCCCUUGGACUCCGUCUACAUCCACCACACCUUCAUGCCCAGCGCCCCGUGCCGCACCUUCCCCGCCUGCGCCCGUGACAUGCGGGCCAUGCAGCGCUUCCACCAGGACACCCGCGGUUGGGAUGACAUCGGCUACAGCUUCGUGGUGGGGUCGGACGGGUACCUCUACCAAGGCCGGGGUUGGCACUGGGUUGGUGCCCACACCAAAGGCUACAACAGCAAAGGCUACGGCGUGGGCUACGUUGGAGACUUCUCGACCACCUUGCCGGAUCCUGACACCAUCGCCCUGGUGCGGGACGGGCUCCUGCCCUGCGCCGUGAGGACCGGUCGGCUCCACCACAACUACACCCUACGCGGCCACCGCCAGAUGGGUCACACCGACUGCCCCGGCAACUCCCUCUUCCAGGAGAUUGAGACCUGGCGCGGCUUCAAGUGAGGAGCAGCCCGGGGGGUCCUGGUCUGAUGGGUGCGGGCAAGGUUGGAUCAUGGUCUAGAUGGAUGCUGCGACGGUCUGGAUGGAGCUUGGUCCAACAGAUGUCGGCCCCAGUGGAUGCCAGCCUGGGUGGAUGCUGGUCCAGAUGGCCACCAGUCUGCUGGCCACCAGCCUGGGUGGAUGCUGGUCCAGAUGGCCACCAGUCUGCUGGCCACCAGCCUGGGCAGACCCUGUUUCAGCUGGACCGUGACCCAGUGGACGCCAACCCUGAGGGACCCUGGCCCAGAAGAACCCCAGCCUUGAAGGCUGCCAGCCUGCGCAGCUCCUA